AUGGAGAAUUUAUCGAGCUAUUAUUAUAGUACAGAGUACUCUGUUCCGCAACCGCAGGUGCUGCCUCAAUCUGAUCAGCAGUACUCCACCAAGAAUUAUUCCGACGAAGAACUGAAUUUAGCUUCCAACAACCCCAAGAAACGCGCCGGUAGGAAGAAGUUCCGCGAGACGCGCCACCCCGUUUACCGCGGCGUCCGCCUUCGGGACUCCGGGAAGUGGGUCUGCGAGGUCAGGGAGCCCAACAAGAAGACCCGGAUCUGGCUCGGGACCUUCCCCACCGCCGAGAUGGCGGCGCGCGCCCACGAUGUGGCGGCGCUGGCUCUCAGAGGCCGGUCGGCCUGCCUCAACUUCGCCGAUUCUUCGUGGAGGCUGCCCGUUCCGGCCUCCGCGGAUGCCAAGGACAUUCAGAAGACCGCCGCCGAGGCCGCCGAGGCUUUCCGUCCGUCGGAUUCCGGCGGCGAUGCGAGGGAGGAAACCGCCGCCGCUGAUAAUUAUACGGCGUCGCCGGAAAAUAUGUACUUUAUGGAUGAAGAAAUGAUGUUUGGGAUGAACGGCCUGGUGGAUAAUAUGGCGGAGGGGCUGAUGAUGAUGCCUCCACCUCAUCAUCAGUACACUGAUGACGUGGAAAUGGAUGCUGACGUGUCGCUAUGGAGUUACUCCUUUUAAUUUAUUAGUGGUAGUAGGUGCCAACUGCCAACUAGCGUGGAUAAUGUUCUUGUUUGGGUAAUAUUUGAACCCGUACUUGAAUUGUUUUAUUUGGUUCGUUUUUUUAAUUAGAUACUAUUAAGUGAUAAUCCAUCUUGCCUUGAUCAUUAAUUAAUUCUCACUAAUUUAUUUAGUAUUUGUAGGUGUCAUUUAAUUAUUUUUUAAAUAGAAAGAGACCCAACCUUUAUUCCAAUAUUUGAGAUAAAUCCAUGUUCAUUUCAAAUUUUUUAUAAUCUUAAAAUUUGUCGUUCCAUUAUCUUCUUCUCAUUACGUGCAUCCCCUCCAACAUCGACCACCUCCCCUCUAACACCACCGCCACCACAUUUCAUCGAUCAAACUGAUGAAAAGAUCAAUUACCUUCCCAAAAUAUACAGUCAUACGUCAUUGUAUUCCUUGUAGAUCAAAUUUAGAAACAGUGGAAAACAAAUCAACCAUACUAGGUUUUUCGGCCUCAGCUAUGAUAUUUCUUGUCUAACUGUUCGUUCUGCAGUGGUCAACUAGCUCCUCCCCCUUCCUAUAACGAAACUUUCUAUUGGCAUCGAGGCUAUUGCCGAAGAAAAGAGGAAAAAAAAUGAAGAAGAGAGAAGAAAGAAACGGAAAAAAUAAAAGAGAUAACUGAAAAAUGAAGGCCGUGACUAUAUGUGAUACUAAUUUCAAUCAUGCAAGACCAAAUUAAAGAAAUAUUCCAAAAUAUUCUAUUUUAUUAAGAUGAAAUGAUAAAUAUACUCAUAAGUUAAAUAGGCUUUUAUUUGCUCAUGCAAGACCAAAUAACAAAUAAUUAAAAACAAAAAAUUAAAAGAAAACGUAAAAUAAAAAUAAAUAAAAAAUAAAUAAAAAUAACCCACCCCCGUGUGAAACCCUUCCCGACGCCACACCUGCGCCGCCCAAGCUUCGCCGCCGCAAUCUCCUCGAUGACCGCCGCCGCCAGUCCCGCCGCUGACAACCAUGAGCGACCUAAAUCCGCCUAAAAAAUGCUAAUUCCUCAUUUUGUUUAACCUUAAAAAAAAAGAGGAAAAAAGUUAAAUUUGAAACUGGUAAAAAAUGACACAAAGGUGUCGAAAAACUAUGCUAGAAAUCGACACUUAAGCGUUGAAAAAAAGACCCAAAAAAUUCGAUAUCAACAGUAUGUCAAAUUUGUUAGGUAAAAAUCAACACUGAGAUG